AUGUCUGAGGCCGGUAACAUCAAAAGAGCCCAUGUUGAGACAUUCUCUAUAUCCGGAGAGCAACAGCAGGAAGAUCACAGAGAUAAGAGGUCUCACCACUGCCCACAUUGUGAGGAGAUUUUCCCAAUUCUAUCAAAACUAGAAAUGCACUUAAAAAUACACACAGGAGAGAAUCUGUAUUCCUGCACUGACUGUGGGAAGAGUUUCACAACAUCACAGGCUCUGACAGUUCAUCUGCGAGUCCACACUGGAGAAAAACCUUACUCCUGCUCUAUCUGUGGGGAGAGUUUCUCUCAACAGAGCAGCUUAAAAACACACCAACGUGUACACACAGGAGAGAAGCCUUACUUGUGCUCUGACUGUGGGAAGAGUUUCUCCACAUCAAGCAGCUUAAAAACACACCAACGUAUGCACACAGGAGAUAAGCCUUACUCCUGCUCUGACUGUGGGAAGAGCUUCACCUCAUCAAGCAGCUUAAAACAACACCAACGUGUACACACAGGAGAGAAGCCUUACUCCUGCUCUGACUGUGGGUCGAUUUUCUCUCAACACAGCACCUUAAAACAACACCAACGUGUACACACAGGAGAGAAGCAUUACUUCUGCUCUGACUGUGGAAAAUGUUUCACAAGAUCAGUUGAGCUAAGAGUUCAUUGGAGAACACACACAGGAGAGAAGCCUUACUGCUGCUCUGACUGUGGGAAGAGUUUCUCUCAACAGGGCCACUUAAAAUGUCACCAGCGAAUACACACAGGAGAGAAGCCUUACUACUGCUCUGACUGUGGGAUGAAUUUCUUUCAACAGAGCGGCUUAAAGUCACACCAACGUAUACACACAGGAGAGAAGCCUUACGUGUGCUCUGACUGUGGGAAGAGUUUUUCAAAUCAGAGCAACUUAAAAACACACCAACGUAUACAUAAAGGAGAGAAGCCUUACUCCUGCUCUGACUGUGGGAAGUGCUUCACAACAUCAACUGAGAUAAAAGUUCAUCAAAGAAGACACACAGGAGAGAAGCCUUACUUCUGCUCUGACUGUGGGAAGAGUUUCACCCGAUUGGCUACCUUAAAAACACAUCAAUGUAUACAUAAAGGAGAGAAUUCACAUCACUUCUCUCAGACCAGCUAAAAUUAAAGUCACUCCAUCAAUUAAUCCUCAUCUCAUAAAAGAAGUGGUAACAAUGAAUUUGAUAACAUUAAGAAAGAGCAACACUAUUGUAAUCAUAUUGUUUCUCACUGUGAGUGAACUGUGAAGAGGAAAGAGUGCGUUAUAGAAUGAUGUCAUUGGAAAUUCUAUCCUUUUUUUAAUGCGCCUUGUGCACAUGUGUUGAUGUUGGGGUGGUGCUGGAGAUGAUGAAUAUGAAGUUGAAACAUUUUAGAAAUUUCCCAUUAAGGCAAAAACAAUAGGAUGGUGGUUGG